AUGGCGCUGCCGUCGUCCUGGUCGGACAUCCCACUGGAGCUGGCCGGCCUGGUCCUCCGCCACCUGCCCUCGCACGUGGACCGCGUCCGGUUCGCCGCCGUGCCCACAGUGGCGCGCCGCCGCCCGGGAGCCUAUGCAGGGGCCUGUGGCAACUGGCUGGCCUUCUCAACCGAGGACGGCUGCUUCCUGAGGGACCCGUUCUCCAACGCCACCGUGACACUUCCUCAGGUGUUCCGCGUCCGAGCCCCAUUUCGCCUCAGUGAGACACGCGUCUCAUGGAUUGAAAUCGAGGAGGCCCCCGAGAAGCUUACUAUGUACAAACCGGUAUUUUGCUCCCGCCAACUCAUCGCCACAUUCAUCACGUUUCAGUACAGCACUAAGGUUGCAGUGUGCCAGCCAGGGGCGGCCUCCUGGUGGUCGGUACAUGUGGAUCACCGGUUUGAGCUGUCUGAUGAUAGGGCAUUCCACCAAGGAAAGCUCUACAUCCUCAAUAACGACGACCAUUGCCUUUUUGCAAUGGACAUCAGUGUGCACCACAGAACGGGAGAUCCAUGGAUUUGUCAAGUUCGACGUGUUAUCAGCAGCGUCCUGAUUCCUCGUCCUGCAAUUAGGGGCAUAUGCCUAAAUGAACAUCAGAAGAUGCUCUACCUGGUUGAAUUCGAAUCACAUGGCACGUUGCUGAUGGUGCACAGGAAGACAUACGGAGAGGGGAGGAUCGGACCCAGAUGGUUAGUGGCGGGCACAUUUAUCGCAUCCGGGUGGGAGUUUGAGGUGUUCAUGGCGGACUUCCAGCAGUCAAAGUGGACCAAGGUGACGACCAUUGGCGAUGACCAGGUGCUUUUCCUGCAGAGGCGGUGCUCCAGGUUCAUUCGCGUCUCUCCAGAGGAGAUGCCGGGGGACCGCAUUAUCUUCCUUUGUACCCAGUGUGCAUUUUGA